AUGAUUUCGCGUAUUCACACUCCAAAUGAGGUUGCGAACAUUAAGAACGUGAUGGAAAUACGCUGCAACAUCGAUAAUAAGGAAUCACUUCUGUUCCCUGUGAGUCAUUACGGAAAGAUUGUAUAUGACAAAGUAUUUUAAGACGCUAGCAGCGAGUAGUUAUGUUGCAAAAGCCCGUCUUUUUCUAAAAAACAUGCAAGCAAAUUUUCCUUAAAACAUGGACAUUGUGUCAGCCGUCACAAUCUGACUAGGGAGCGAGUUUCAUGAUCGGACAACCAGUUGGCUAAACAAGAAGUUCCCACAGUCUCGCCGCGUGCGUUCGCUGUGUAAUUGGUCUGUGCUGGAAAACUCGAAAGGUCCUCCGGUCUCAGUGGCCAACCUUGGUCACGGACGAUCCGGAAUGUCCAUAUUAAACUGCAGUUUAGUUGUCUAUAAGAUAGGCAAAAUAAACCAAGCAUAUUCAGCCUCUUCUGAUACGACAAAAACUUUAGACAAUCGACCAUUUUCGUUGCUCUAUGUUGCAGCUGUCUGAACAGGUCAAUAUCCUUUCUCAUCCACGAUGUAGUUGCUGGCAUUCCAUAUUCCGAGUGCGGUCGCGCUGAAAAGUCGUCCGAAGAGUUCGCGGGAAAUAUUUUGAAUACAUAUCCAACCUUGUGUUAAGUAAAAGUUGCCUUGUGAACCAUUUUCUUGCAGAUUUCUGGCGACAUUAGACUUGUGGUUAUUCAUACACAGAGAUCUCUGUGUCUUACUACAGUCUCUUAUACUGUCGCGUUCAUUUAGUACUCGUAUUUUGGAGAGGCAAUGCGGCCGGCGUCUAGGCGUAGGACCAAGUAUCUGGAAAUAUUCCACUUUAAAAGCCAUCUAUUGGACCGAACACUCAGUUUUUCGAUUUUCACUUAUAAUUUCUUUGUUUCAUCUUUGCAUUUGACUUCGCUCCAUAUUUUAACUUCAUUCGCGAACAUGAAACACACGCAGUCUAUAUAGUUGACGCAAACAUUUAUAUACAUCAGAAUACGUAGUGGGUCCAAAACAAAACCCUGCGAAACGCCAUUUUCUACUUCUUCCCAUUCCGAGGUUGAGGCCCCAACAACAAAUCUCUGUACUCUGGAGGACAAGAAACUCUCGAUCCAUUUAAACUUUCUCCCUCGAAUUCCUACAUCCAUAAUCUUUUGUAAAAGAAGCCUGUGCAGGAUACUAUCAAAAGUCUUCUUGAAGUAAAAAAAUAUAGCAUCUACUAGAUAACCAUUUUCUGUGGCCCUUGUCCAUUUCUUGCACAAGUAAAAGACGCCCGUGACGCAAGACAAUCCGUUUCCCAGCACAAGGUAGAAUCACCGGUCCUUUCGCAUGGUUUGACUUGACAGAUAUUGCUGUGACUCUGCCUCGUAUAAACUUCGCAUGUAAAUUUAUAUUUACUUGAUUUGAUGGGACCCCGACGGAACUUUUAUAAAAAAAGAAAUAUUAGUUUUUCGGAAUUAACAUGGGGUUGGACCUGAAACUGGCCUUCAUACAGCAUCAGGAUACAAAGGCAUGCCGCAAAGCUAGUUAGACGCCGAUGUAGGGAGCCAUUACUUCCAUCAGACUACUGACGUCGCAACAAUGUUUAUAAAAUCAUGCUUAUUCUGAAAAUUAGCGUCCCCUCGUUUGCAGGCCAUUCCAACACAGUAGACAGUAAAACUUUAAGAUGGCAUGCACCAUAUGUUCAAAAACAUUUAAAGCAGCAACGAGCAGCCUGGUAGAUUUGUUACACUUAAAAAGGCUUGUUCUCGUGUAAAUUUGGGUGUUCGUCCACUUGGCGCUGUACGUUCAUUAUGUUAUUGGUAAUUAUUUCGCUUUCUAUGUGGUAAGUACAAUGGUCGAAUACGAAGGCCUAUUUACCCUGAUAUAUUAAACUGAAUUGAACCACAUUCAGUUGGUCAAGUCUUAAAUACUGCCCAUCGACAACGUCUCUGUUGCAAAUCUAUAUAUAUAAAAAUGGAAGGGUUUUUUUGCUGUGUUAUAUCUAAUCUCCGAAAGUACUGCACCGAUUUCGCUGAAAUUUGAACACAACCCGACCCCCGCAUAGGGCCGGGUUUUUGUCUGCUCAGUUGUGUAAUUAUGCCGAUGGUAUGCCUGUGAUGGGUGAAAAACCGGAUUUUUUCCGGCAUAAUAACACCACCUGCUGCGGCCACUUGACCUACAUCCGCGCGGACACAUGUGCGCCCAGACAGCGGACACUUGACCGACAUUCGCUCAAACGCAUGGGCUCCGCCUGACAGCCGCGCUCACCCCACCACCCACCCUGCAGGCACUUGAGCAGGCCCUCCACCCUCUCUGGGCCGAUGCAAUAUGGGCCGCCAGAGCAAACCACCCACCCUGCAGCAAAAAACACAACACUGGGACGCCACUUAAAAGUGUCCCACAUUCCAUAUAAUAGGGCCGUCACCGCCGCCUCGGGGAUUCUCGGGGGUGAGGACUGGAUGCAAUUAACACCAGACCCUCCCCUCCCCGGCGCAACCCAUAUAAUGGGGCUGUCGCCCAGUGUCCGCUCAGUAUUGUGCAGCUCGGCUUGCGGAAGCCCGGUUGCGGUCACGGCUACCGCGUUCUGCAGCUUCAGGCCUGCUUCGUUCAGCAACAGGAUGAACACAGCCAGCUGGGAGUGGCCGAAUGGCGCCAGCGCGGAACAGAAGACCAGCGUCAUACACGACUCCGUGCUCAGCAUUCACGCAGUCUGAUGCUGUUGUAAACAACGGUACGCCAACAACCGCCUUAAGGUUAACGAUUUUAGGGUGAGGGGAUAUCAUAUAUACCGGCAGUCGGAGACCGAUUCCAACGCAACAUCCAGUUACUUAUCGGGAUGGUACCGGUGGAUAUCACUUGAACGUUAAGAUGAUAAAUCCAGUCAGUGACGAGGUAACGCACAUGAAAUUCAGCGCAGCGAACCACUACACCUACAACUACUCCUAUACGACCAAAUGUAAGUAAUCCCCUUUUGAAAUGCCGUAAAUUGCUUUAUCACUGCAUUGUGGAUAUGUUUGCAAACAUCGAAACUGAAAGCCUGCUUUCAUUCGCUUAAAUCAGACCAAGCUGCGCUCUGAAGGAUACAUUCCUUUGCAUGAUGCAUUUGUAAACGACGGUAAUACAGAUAACGUUGUAAGACUAACGCUUUUGUCGUCCACAUGCACAGAGAGUCCACGCCAUAUGUCCGAGUACGCUCGAGGUGCAAUUGCUUACGUUUGUCAGUACGGGGCGUCCAGACCUACUCAUUACCUUUCAAUGUAAUCCAGUUUUGGGGAUAUUUAAUAGCUCUCAUUUCCUGGGUAAUCGUCGGUGGAUGGGUAUGACAUCACAGCACGUGUUUUCAGGAAGAAACUGCAAUCGCCGAUGAACUUCAUGGUGAAACACGAGCUGGUUGGGUCUGUGCGCUGCUGGAUGUAUUAGGUGGAACGGCAAAAAGAGGGGACUGCCCCAUGCACAUGUCUUGAUCUGGCUCUAUAACAAGAUGGCUUCCAACGAAAUCGACGACGCAGUAUGCCCCGAAUUACCUGAUAUUGACGUCGACAGUGAUUUGCAUGAAGUUGUGGCGAAGAAUAAGAUACAUGGACCUUGGAUGCACUGAAUCCCAAUUUUUCAAUCCCCCCCUCCUCCCCCCCCCCUGGCAUGAUAGACGGAAGUCCCUUAUACCGAAAAUGAUCAGCGGAAGACAUCGGCAAGUUGGCUACCGUACGAAUGCGAAUCGGUGACUUAGAAAUCCGGUAACCGCUGUGCGGGUUGGUAUUCGCCUUUGCUUUUAAAAUUAAAACGCAGCUCACAUAAACGUGGAAAACUGCCAUUUCGGGAAAUGAAUUAGGUACAUUUGUAGGUACGUGAAUAAAGGCAGCCGGCACCACUUACUUCAGAAUUCUCCAGCGCGACUGGGUGCAGCGAAAAAUUGCCCUGCCUUCGACAGCGGCUAGAAGGACAAUCCUGGGUUUCGCACACAAUACGUACCGCCAACCGGUGGCCCUUACAUUUUUCUUAAAUGUGAACGUGCUCCUUCCUCAUUCCCUUAUUUCGCAAUUCAUCAGAUUGAGCCACAGCAAAGCGUGGCGGGGUCAGGCUAGUUUAGUAUAAAUAUUUUACAAGCGGUGAAAAUUAGGAAUCUCUGCUUGUCCAGCGCAGCCGGAGUCCUAGACGAGUGAUAAGGCUGAAUGAGUCUCAGGUGCUCAAACUGUGUCGGAGGAGGAAAUUAACAUAUCUUCAAUGAAUCUACAGGAAACCAAACUAAAUGCAUUAUGUGCAAGCUAAUUUAACUUUGCGACCCAGUCAUUCUUAAGAGUUUCGCAGAAAGGAUAAAACACUUUCAAGAUCGAACGAGUACCUGAUAUAAGCAAAAGAGUUAUAAACAAUGCAUUAAAUCAGAUUAUGUCGCGGGUUAACUUAUAAAGUAGUGAUGAUCCUUAUCUAAAGUUUAUUAUUAAAAACAUUGAUUGUAUAGUGAAGACGACAUGGCAUAUUAUUCCAUUUGCCAGUUAUGUUAGGGAUAUCGCUACCGGAAGUCUAAGGACUAGUUAACUCGUAGUUAUUGUUUAAGGUCGCAAUUUAAUAAGUAUAAGUUGCUCAUUUGCUGAGAAAUGCCUUACUUUAUGCGGACCAUCCACAUUUUCCAUAUUUUUCUAUUCUACCUAUAUUACCCGCACAAUACCAUCGGUGUUUUCGGGGUUCGCACUUUAAGUUCGUGUCCCGCAUUUCAAUGCUCAACUUCUUUGGACGCUUUGAGGGAUGAAAAUCUCGUCUCACCGUUUUCAACUACUUGGUGUUUCGUUCCCUUUCGCUUACCGCUCAUGUCUAAAUUUAUGGUGGAAACUGAAGUUUUCAGCUUAGGCUUCCUGGUGGAACAAGUUCAAACCGAGAGACGACGAGAAUUUCCGCUGUUCGAAUCCCCGAGUAAUCCGUGGGCGUUUGCAAGCGGCGGAAUCACAUUGUCCCAAAUUAAAGCUUGUUUAUCUACGCUUUAAAGUUGACUGUUAACACGAAAGUGGUGUGCAGACCUCAAAGAUGUCUCAAUUUUUGAUAAUUUCUGUCCCCGCUGAGGGAAACCCUGAUAACGCAUACUCUAGACUAGUUAGCCACAUUUCAAAGUAUUCGGGGCUACUAGCUACUGGCCAACAAGCUAUGACUAGAUUUUCCAUCCCUGUUUUAAAGGUACACGUCUGAUUUUUCCUACUUCUUGUAGGUUGGAACCUUGGAUGUUUUGGUCGGCCUGUCUGAGGAAUUGGCCAAACUAGAUUCAUUUGCCGAAAGGUAAUCCUAACUUAAUAUCUCACCUUCGUACAUAACCUCUUUCAUCAUAGUCUUUACAUAUUUUCUUUCUAAGGGCGUCUACACUCAUCUAGCUUAGUCCAAAUACUCGGCUUGUGUAGUAUCAGAAUUCACCAUUCUGAGCUAUCUUUGAUAGUUUGUCAUUGUCCUAUUUAUUUUUAUAGUAACCUUCUCGAACCUACGUAGCCCCUGCUAUCGCAAUGUUUUCGCAGCUCUGCUUAUUGGUAACAGUUGUGUUAGACUUGUGAUAAUCGGUCUCUUGUAGCCUUUGUAGCAUUUUAUUGACAGUUGUUCGCUGUGUUAAAGGCUUUACUUACUUGUAUCCAGUGAGAAGGAACAUAUAGGUAUUUGUGUUUUACUCUAAUUGUCAUGACCCUCCCUUCUUGUGCUUCAAAUUCUGGCAGGGCACCUAGACUUGUCUUUUGGUAGCUAGGAACAAUUACCGACCCUCUUCAUGUCAGAUGAUUAAAACAAUAUUAUGGCAUUUUUAUUUGUCUGUCAUACUUAUGUUGUUCGUUUUUACCAAAUAUCGCCCAUGGUGAACCCGCUGCGCAUUUACGUGCUCGUACUCACCCACGAUUUGUCUCGCGGCAUUUGCAUACUAGCACGUAUACUUCCCCUAAAAGUGCGGUCGUAGAGCAUCCUCCGCCAUUGCACCCCCCGAUGUUCUGUGAUUCUAUACUCUAUAUCAUCAUAUAUUGGUCUAAAUUGCCACUUUAGGGAAUCUACGAAGCGGAACACCAUAUCCAACUUUGCAUGUUUGUGGUUGCGCUUUUUGUCCAAGCUAUGCCGCCGGGUUGUUCACAUCAAAAGGACCAGAGCCACCACUUAAUUGUGCCAAUUUUGGGUUUCUGAACCACGUUUACUCUCCGCUUGUCCUACAUGUGGGUCUUUGUGCUCGCCUAGGCCCGAGUCAGUGGCCGCGAAAUGCGGGGCGUAUGAUUGGCGUGAAGCAGGUGCUUGUUAUGCUGUCACUCUGUGUACUAAGUUUUUUCGAGGGUAAAAGUCUUUUGUUUUCACCGAGGCGCGCGUUCUUCCCCGCAAUUUUAUUGGCGUAGUUCUUCCUCGUCAUUUGUAUGCAUAUUCCCCGAAUGCUUAAGUGCAAUAAAGACAAAGACAAGGGGGACCUGAAUGACCACUUCUGACUUAUUAGCCGUUAUCAGCCAGUUUUAUCCAACCCCUGGUGUGAAUCACCUGGAAUUCGGACACAAGCUCCCUGGUCAUUGAAUGUGACACUACCAUUUAGCCAAGGGUUUGUUGUCCUGGCAUUAUGACUUCGUGGUGCAAUAAACUGUCUCAUGUGGUGGACAGGCUAUCAGUUGACGUUUGCCACUUCUGGAGUGUUAACAGAGUCUGAUAAAGAACUGGGUUUGCAGGUCGUGCAAGUUCUGACUCCUUUGGACAGGCACCUUUUGGCACCUGCCUACCUUGAGGGUUUAUGCUGUUUAUGCCUUCUUGCAAGUUUGCUUCAGCUUGUCUUCAUCACUCGUCAACGUUGUAAUCAGGGCGGCCUUAAGUCAGGGAUCUCACCACCUAUAAUUUGGUUUUAAUUCGACUGUAAAUGCCACGAUCGUUUAGUCAUUUUCUCCUGUACUUGAAAUCCCAUCCGCUAAGCAAAGGGACCUGGAUCAGAAUUUUCGGAAACAUCAUCGCAUUAGGCUAGAACGGUAACUUGUACGGCAGCGUUCUCACGCCACAAUGGGUAGUUGCUGUACACUACGAUGGUGAAAGUAAAGUCGGGCGAAGUGCCAAUAUGCCUUGCGUCCGUCUGUUUAUUACCAGUUAUCCCUCUUGUUUAAGUGGGCGAUUUCCGCCAGUAAUUCUACAUGUAAAUAAGAAUCCAUUACUCUGGCAUACACACCUUCAUUGUGAAACAUCGUACAACGGGCUGUCAGUACAACUGAUAAGACAAUCAUCUAAGUGUAGCAUUGUUUCUUGAGCAGAGGACAGCAAAGUAUGCUAACCGCCUUUGGCCACUGUUCCCCUUCAACUAUACCGUCGUGACCGUGCUUUCUUAGUUUGACCAGCAAAGGGACUGUGCGACUGAGCGGGUGGACUUCAAGGACUUGGCCAGCUCAUACCUGUUACUUUUGUUUUUCUUCAUGCCUUUUUAAAACCAUCCUCCCUUGUUUUUCAUUCCUGCUCAGCGUUACUCGAAAAUUGGUUCAGUACAUGGGCGAGGUCUUGGAGGAACAGCGUCACAAGUUGGAGGACAAUUUGAACGUUGGUGGAGGUAGGAUACAUCUUCCCCUUUAUGCAUCCGCUCAAAAGUGCCACCUAAUGUCUACGUGACAAAGUUUCAGUGGGAUUGUGCCAAAUACCCCACAAAACAGACGCUACGAGCGCUUCACGAUAUUCUAUCGGAAGUAAUGUUUUUGUGUGUGUUGUAUUUAGCCCUUUUGCAUCCUAGCAAGUUACUAGAAUUGAGACGGAUCUCCGAACCAAGUCGACAGCCUACAACAGUAUCAAAGGCACCCUGCAGUCAAUAGAGAGAAAACAGACGUGAGUGUUUUUCUCCGCACGACUUAACUUUUCACCGUAGUGGUAGUCUGCUGACGAGGAAUCUGGCUGAUAUUGUGAAGAAGCAACAAUUCAUACUGGGCUCCGAGUACCUCACCACAAUGGUAGUCGUGGUGCCAAAGUAAGUCACGGGCUCUCUGCCUUCUCCUAACCUACGUCCCCCCCUUACAGACCGUUGUAUAACGAGUGGAAGGCCAGCUAUGAAACCCUGUCGGAUAUGGUUGUUCCGAGAUCUUCCGAGUGAGUGUCCCCGCCUUUGUUUGCAUUCUCCUAUGUAGACUAAUUUAUGAAGAUCAAGAGAACGGUCUGUGGACUGUUACCCUCUUCCAGAAGAUGGUCAACGAUUUCACGUUAAGAGCUCGCGAAAAGAAGUAAGUCUGCAUUGUGUAUGAUUUCGGAACUCUGCAGAUUCCUUCCACGAGAUUUCGUAUAUGACGAGAAGAAGAUUGAGGAGAGUAGGCAUGCCGUGACGAAGUUGGAGUCCGACAAGAAGCGACAGUUUGUGAGUAUUUUGAGGAAGCUAGUGAAUACUUGUCCUUUUUGCCAAUUGGUGGAGACCCAAUUUUUAGCCUUCCUACUCUUUCUUGCCAUUGUGCCCACAUCUCUUAUGGGCAAACUCCGAUCAUAUCCCUCGGAUGUUACUACGAAUUUAGAACUGACCAGCUACGACUUGCCUCAUCCUUUUGAUAGCAAGCACUGUAUGCUUAUAGGAGAGCACGGCGACCAAAAUCAAGCGAUGGUAUGCAAAAAAUUUGCACGCCGUCGUUUCGGUCCGGAAAAUUUUCGUUUUUACUCCAGACACGACCACUUGAAUUGAUUAUCGUUGCCGGUGGUUAGGAUCUUUACUCCGGCCACUGACAGCUGGCCUUAAGUGUAUUUAGAUGCUGCAUUUCUUCAGGCCAAACAUAAUUCCAUUAUCUGACGCACUUUUACCUCGGUUUGGAUUUAAACAAGAUUUAAACAGUAAAAUGGACAGACCAAUACAGUUCGCAAUUCGUUGCCGCAUGAGACAGAUAACGAGUAAGAAGCAUAUAGCUACUUGAAUGUGCACAAGAGGAAGAGCGAACUCACUGUUCAAUGCACACAGUCCAUUCAUUGAAAAUGCUAACUCAAAAAGUACUAUUGAGAAGGAAAAGGGUAACGCUAAUGCUCAAAAUGAGAAUGUAUAGAUCAUAAGGCUGGGUGAAAUUGAGGUUGACCACGUAGUCCAGCUGUUUGGACAGGCCGGGUUUCUCGCGUCCUACGUAGGCCGUAUGUAGCCCAAUGUCCCAGUUGUUUUUCCCCGAAUAAGUAUUCGAAAGGCUGUUUGGGGGUCUACAGAGUGACUCGCUAUCUAGAUAUGAUAGAAAUGGGAUAGAAAUGGCCGGUGUCCUCUGUGUCCGUCUAAUGUACCUGCAUCCACAAGUGCAUGCGAAUUCGUAAGCACAGUUUGAGGUGGCGUACAAUGGAAAGGCAUCCUUCGCCCGACGUUGAGGACGUCACACUCGAUCAGGAUUGUUUCCCGGCUACAUAAGCGAUGAACUGAUUCGUCAAGCACCACAAAAACACAUGCAUGAAUAUAGUAGGAAAAGAGUUUGAAGCACAUGCAGUUUGUGUUACGAAAGAUAUAUAGAAUCAUAAGGAGGGGGUACAACAUUACUAGGUAGGAUAGUGUUACGCUUACGACUGAUGUCGGAAAUGUGGGGGUUGUUCCGACAUUUCCGGCGGUGAGUGCAGCGCUGCGAGCGACUGCAGGGGGUUCCGUGAAGAGAGGAGCGGGCGCUUUUGCGAGUGUCGUUGGGGAGGAGGGAGGGGGGUAGAUAAAGGGGUCCAGCGAUUGCAAGAGGGGGCAUACGACAUCUUCACUGACGCAUGGUUAUACCGAUCCCCGUGGAAGCGACUUCAGUCCAAUUAGGCAACUCAUUCAGUUCCGAGGUGCGCUACACUCGCAUUCUCGCUGUUCACUGCUUUUUGCCCACAUCUCUCGGCAGGUGAAGGCGCUUGCCGAUUACCACCAGGUCGCCUCCGCUGCGAACUCGGCUUUCGCGGACGUCUCCUCAUUGUUGGUGCUGAUUAGUAAGUUCGCCAUCCAGCGACAGAAUAUCGGCAGAACACGCGUGUGCGGGCUUCUAGGUAGCACCUGCUCUGUUAGUUUGAUAUCCCGUCACCUUAUAUAUACUACUAGCUGUCUGUCAACAGCUAAUGAAUAUUAUGCGGUUAUCCCGCUUUGACCGACGGACAUCGGCCCAAGUGUUCAUGCGUCAAAUCUCGGUCAACGCCCAUAGACCUUAGUUCAGACUGAGCCACGCCAAGUUAACAGUUAGUUUCUGGGGAAAUGAAAGAGCAACUAUUUCACACGAUAUGGCGUCGACUCAACAGGAAAUGGUUUGAAGAAGGGGCAAAGUCGAAUCGACUGUCAGCCUGCCUAAACAAGUCCACGCAAUGACUUCUCCCUAAUGUUUUAUAAACUGCCUUCCUGGAUUGAUUAUUUGACUGAUACAACACGAAAGGGUUGCCGACAUUCCUUGGAUCGUCAUGGUGUCUGUAUUACAGCGAAGAGUUAGAUCUGCGGCUUCUACACUCAAGGAAUGCUUAGUUGAAGGUAAAAAUGACAACUCACCUGGGCAAUUGGGCACCGGAAUGCCUCCCACAAUUCAAAUGCUUUGGACUCAUCACGUAUGUCUGCCGACACGGUCAUGAAUUGAUGCAGCUGCGAUCAUGCCUGAUUCAGCCUCCUCGGCUAUGUCGCGAAUUGCAUCUCCCCACGCGUGACGACCUUCUUUAGCGGGCCGAAUAGUCCGACUCAUCCUUUCGUCUAGCGGCAAUUGCCGAAUAUAGAAGUUCCAGGAAUCACUUCCAUGUCUUGAUGGACCGUGUGGGGUCGGGUUUUGCAUUGACCUCCCCUGCGUCACAUCCAGGAGGACGAUGGCGUGGGACCAAAAGCAGCAAUACCGAGCUCAUGGGACGGGCGAAAAUGAACUUGCGAGAACCGUAUUAACUGUCCUUCGUCACUGCGAGUGCGGGCUGUCUCAUGGUCCUCGGACAACAAGGGCCAAAAACCGCCAGAUUUCGCUCAUCUGCCACAAGUUCACGGUAUACGCGGAUCUAUGUGGCGAUGGAGCUGUCGCGCUAGUUCCAUGUACCUUUCCUAAGGCUUGUAAAAACUGUAAACAGCAUCGAUUCGAGAUACGAUGCCCUCCUUACUCUGUCCAUUCAACAACAACCUCGCCCCGCAUUGUUUGAAACGGUGUACUUCUUUAAGUUAAAAGCCAUUUAUCUCGUUUUCUGCCUUGUUCUCAGCGUUUAUAGAUAAACCAACCAAGUUAGUGACUUCAUUCACUCAUGAAAUCACAGACUGUAGGUCACCAAAGCUUGAGGCUAAAGGGGUGAUGUCAUUCUUAGUAGCUGCCAUAUGCACUGGCUUGCACAGCGUUAGAUGACGUCCCACAUACGAAUGUUUUCGUCUAGUAAGUUGUCAAACUGAAUUGUCAAUGAGGCGUCUUGGGACAGAUGUGGAGGUUCCCGCCUUAUGGUUCAUCUGGAUAUGAAAUCCCCCCGUUCUCUAUACGUUUUCCUUCCUACCCCCAGUAAGUCGGAAGACAAUCGAGCAGGUUGUGCCGCAGCCGCAGCUCUUGUCGCCAGUGAGACUUAUUUCAAAAAGGCUGAAAGUGGGAUAGGUUUAAUCGGCCGCCACACCGAUCUGCAGGCGGUUAUUUUAAAAUUAACCGUUUUAACGUUAUUUGACUGAAAACUUGAAGAAGAAGACACGAUCGCUGGAACAAGGCUUUAUUAGCCUGACGUUUCGGAUUCCUGCUGGAACCUAUCAUCCGAGACGAAAGCAGAUACGGGUGGUUCAUGCAUAAGGGGCUGCAGUAUUUAUAGGACGCAGUCGCCAUGCUACCGCAUGCCUAUGAACGUUCACGGCUCCACCCUUCAUCAGGGAUCGUUGCACGUGGUGCGAUGGCCGAUAUUUGCGUCGUUAAUUGCUGCAAUCUCAUCACGUGCGUUGGAUGUUGGCGUGAUGACUGCUCGACCAUCUGACGCACCGACCCUGGCGUUCGGAAGUGUUCACCUGUGCGCUUCCCGCGUGGCUAAAUACUCCAUAUAGGCGAAGUCUCAACACCGAGUAUGGAAGGGGAAGAUCAUUGCACUGCCUAAUGGACUGGGGGGCAGCAAACCAUGACUCAAGCAGCUCGCGGCUCACGCGGUUGUCACCUCUUGCGAGAGUUUCGACCUCGUCAAAUUUUAAUGUGUGGCCGGAUCUUGUCGAAUGAGCCGCAACUUGAGAACUGGCGUCAUUUCUCCGCACCGCUGCAGCGUGUUCGGCCAUUCGCGCUCGGAGCUGUCUUCCGGUUUCUUCGACGUAGUUGCUUUGUCCCCAACUGCACCAAAUCCGAUAAACGACUCCAGACGUUUCUUGCCGUGGCAGCGGGUCUUUCAGUUCCAUUAACUGACGCCGUGAAUAUUCAUAGGUAUGGGGUAGCAUGGCGACUGACUGCAUCCUAUAAAUGCUGCAGACCCUUAUGCAUGAACCACCCGUAUCUGCUUUUGUCUCUGAUGAUGGGUUCGAGCAGUAAUCCGAAACGCCAGUUUAAUAAAACUCUUGUCCCGGCGAUCGUGUCUCCUUCUUCAAGACUGCUUCCUGGGACUCGUCUCUUCGAUUCUAUUGACUGAAAACUAUCAUAGCGUAACUCUGACACCCACGCAGGCCGUCUGCCAUUGAUUAGCCUCCAUCCCGCUCCCGUCUUUCAAAGAAGACUGUCAUAACACUGUCACCACUCAUGCGUAGCCUUCCUCUCCAGGCAUCUUGUCUUUUUAGCCUUACCCCUUACGCGAGGCCUUAAAUGCUAAUUUAGAAGACCGCCCUGCACUUCUGCCUUGAGCUCACUCAGGUACGGACUGUGUGACUUCGAACCUCAGGCGUCUAGUCGCUUACAGGGAGCGGCCGUGUAGACUGCCAAUUUUUGUAGAAUUGAGCACGCUUCAGAAGCCCUACAUCUCACACUGUUCUUGAAGGCGACUUGGACGCAAAAGGGAGCCAAUGACGACUAGCACUUGUGAUCGGUGUUGGUGCCUUUAAUCGCCACCAAGAGGUCGAGAGCUGCAUACAAAAGGGUGCGCUACAGUCGGUAGAAUAGACGCCUUCUCCUUCCGACGCCACAGCCUGUUUUGUCGCGAUAUUUUAAUCUGCAGAUGCGCUAACUCGUGAAAUGUUAACCGCGGUUCGGAAAUGAGUUUUCAUUUCGAAAAGAUUGCUUAAGCCGGGCUUUAAUAUCAGUUAUCGCACGGAAUAGUACCAAUAUAUUCCAGUCAUGUCGGGAUGCCGGCUUUUAAACGAGCCUCCUAUCGACCGCCUGCGUGAACCACAUUCUGAAUAAAAUUGCUACGUAGGUAGCAUGAGUUCUUCCCACCGAUUUUCGACAUAUUUUUUUACAAACGUCCACAAAAACAUUAUUCCUCUCACUCAUUUGGUGGCUAACUAUGUCUUCUUUAAAUUUUAUGCCCAAAGAAAGGGUAUAUUUCGGUUUUAGAAAGGUUUCUAAUAAUGUGAUUUUUCAGAUCGUGAAAUGUCUAGUAGUACAGCAAUGCUGGUUGGGAGGUGAAUAGCGUGGCCCACAUCCAUUACAAAAUUUUAUGAGCCCUAUAUGUCCCUUUUAUAAUAACAUGCAGAAAUGCAUGGUUUUCCCUGCACGAAAAGCAUACAGCUUGUAGUUUGGAAAACCGUGAACAGCAGGUCGGGUUCAAAAUUAUUCGGGAAUUGAGAAAGUUUUGUAAAACUGAAAAAUUCUCCUUCUUCAAGUAUAAAAUCUGAAGAAGGCUUAAUUUGCUAUCAAAUGACCCAAAACAUUUUUAAUGCAUUUUUCUGUAAAAUAUCAAUUUAUAAGGACAUCGAAAAUCGGUGGUAAAAAUUCAUGCCAGUUAAGCAGUCAUCGCUUAUGGAACGCAGUUUAUGCAAGCGGUUGAUAAGAAGCUCGUUCGAAAGCCAGCAUCCUGGUUUAACUGGAAUAUCUUGGGAUUAUGCGACAAUAUAAGCAAUAUGGCAACAUUACUAAAGUAAUCUAUUUGAAAUACAAAAUUGUUUCGGGAUUUCGUUUUACAUUUCAUGAGAUAGCAUAUUUAUUGUGUUUUGCUGAUUUUUACUGUCGUCCCCAUAAGCUAGGCUGCACCGAGUCUCACUUUUGGUCAACUACGGGCCGCCGAGGCAUACUUAGAACCACGAACGGCCAUUAAAAGAUGUCUAAAUUCAUCCGAGAGCGCCUCCUCAGGUCGGCGAGAAUGGGUCCGACGUCCUUCCAGCUGGGAGGCCGACUACUUCCCCCCCCCUCCCGGCUAAAGGAUAUUUUCUCUAGUCUAGUUGUAAGGUCUGCCUGCAACUUUUAAUUGCAGUUAAUCCCACUAGAUAGAAGGGUGCUCUACACGACAUGCAAGUAAUUGUUUUACGGGGUCGCGUUCAUGCUGCCAGGCUUCUGCAGGCCUCCUUAAGUGGUACAGUACCUGUGCUAACUCAUGAAAUGUCACGAAUUAACACAGGUUAACGACUUUAACGCAGAAUCGGUAAACACUACGGCUCCCAAAGUCUGAUAGCGGAAAAUAAACGAUGUGUCAAAGAAAUAAAGCAAAGUUUGGUUAAGAAAAUAUUAUUUACUGAGAUAAAAAUUAAAUAAUUUUCGACAAAAGUCACAUUUUCGAGAAACGCCUAUAUUACAACCAAGUUAAUAAAGGCUACGUAUGAGGACGUAUUAAGGAGGAGGGCGUAUAAAAGGUCAAAAAUAAUUAAGGACAGAUACAGAUACAAAAAAUUAGUACUUUGUAGAUUGUCCAUUCGAAUUAAUAACAGCAGAAAGUCCGUCCGACAUAGACAUGACAAGGUUAUCUAUGGUGGAUUGUAAAAUGUAAUUAUUGAGUAUGAAAUCCAAUUUUUCCUGCAUUGAAAGAGUCUUCUUAGCUUUGUGCCAAUUUCUUUUGACUAUUCCAAUCGGGACUGUUGGCCGGGAUGAAAAUGGAUUGGAGGCCAAUUGCGGAGAGCGUGGUUGUUGUCUAAAAUGUUAGAUUAUAUUUGCAAGCGGCAUCAAAUUCGUACCUCUUUAGAGCGGUGGACAGGUGCAUUGUCCUGCAAAAUUACAGUAUCCAUUCGGCGCCGACUUAUGCCGUUGUAGCCGAAAGCGUCCUUGACAAUUGCAAUGAACACCUUGCUGUUGAUGGUGUCGGAUGUUGACCGCCAGACAGGCCGCUCACCGAAUUUAAUCACCAUCCAAACCAUCAUCCGCCGACAGUUCUUGGAUGUUGCCGUCGGUGUAGUGUGUUCUCUUGGGAAGUUCUUUCCACAUAUGACGGUUUGGAGCGAUUUCGUAGGCUUGUCUAAAAAUAGAACCUCAUCGCAGAAGAAAAUGCUCUUCCAAAAUGAAGAUCUGUAAUCAAUAUAAUUCUUAGCAAAUAAAAGCCGUUCUCUAAUUAGUUUUCUACUUAAAUAUGGCUUAAUCAUGGCCUUCCGCCGCUGCAGUUCAAAUUCCUUCAUCCUUUUUCUAAUGAUGUUCAUAGAAAACAUCGGCAGAUGUUCCCGCUGAAUGGUCUCAAUGGGCAUGUAAUGAAACUUUUUUAAUGUACGACGAAUAAAAUCGUCGUCUUGCUUACUUGUGGACCGUUUUGGUCCCCCUAUCUUAUUUCUAGGAACAGUUUUAUCAUUAAUAAUGCGCCACAGAUUGACCUUGCUAAUAUUGAAAAUACUAGCUAACGACUCACGCGGGAUUCCCUCCGCCGCUAAUUUUCGAAUGCGCUGGAAGUCAACUUCGGAUAAGUAUUGUUUAGACAUAGUUAUCGUUUGGCGUGGCAGAGCAAAGUGACGGCAUGUCGCGCGAACUCAAUAUAUAUUCGUUUACGACACGCAUUUUCAGUCUGGUAAAACAAUCACACUGAUAAACUUUUUUAUUUCGGUAUUUUGAAACAUAAAACUUUACGAAUUUGUAAAUAGAAUUUUUAGAUAAAGAAUCGCACGUUAUUUCCUGAACACAAUAAUAAAUAAUUUAUCUGCAUUUCCCUGAUUUUGUUGAUAUUGAAAUUUAAUUUUUUCUUUUUGUUCGACAGUUUAUUAAAAAAUUUCGUCCUUUUAUUAAUCUUCUUAAACAGAUUAAUAAGGUAACACAAAGAAUUUCCAUCCGAAAGCUUUAAUAGCGUAGGAAACUGCUUGAAUAUCAGGAAUCCUCCGAUUUCGCCUAAAUCCGGCCCGUUUUCUAUUUAAUAUACAGAUCCGUAUCAAACUUUCCUUCAGAAAACGGUCUUUUCGUCCUUAUUUCAACUAAAUAAACACAAAUAACGACACCUAAAAUACGCUACAUUUUCCACUAUAAUUUUGACCUCGGCAUUUCAUGAGUUAGCACAUCUACUGUACAGUUGUGUCAGUUGACUUUGCAAAACAACCUCAUCAAGACUGCCUUGAGAAUUACUCGUUUGUGGUUUCAAUCAGUGCUGGCAGUCCUUUUCUCGUGACGCUUAGACUACCUGGAGCUUGUGAACAUCCUCGUGUUGUUGCAAUCUCAGAAUUCAGCACACACCACCGCCACUUUUGUAGACUCCUUCUAACGGUCGUGUCUGCGUCUAUUCAAGGCUGCUUGGAUCUUAGCUUGUUUUUGACCGACUCAUUUUCGCCAAGGAUUCAUCUAAUGCUUAGUUGAUUUCACUUGAGCGGGGAUCUAACAUUUCAGAGCUGCACUUUUGUGAACCACAACACAAAGUCAUAUUACCCGCCUGUUUACAUUGACAAUCAUUUGAAAUAUUUGAAAAUAAUUAGAACAUACCUAGCCUGCAGAUUCCGCUGACAGCUUGCUCGCACUUUAUGCGUGCCAUUGCAGUUGUUAAAGCUCCACUUUUCAUACAGGCUAUAUGGCCUCACCGCAUAUCCUAGACUUUUGUCUGAUCAAGGGGUUUCCAUUUCUGCCCGAAGAAGACUCUGGACGCGCCGUCCUGUCUCCAGCAGGACUGUGA